GACUUCGCCGACCUCGCGAUCCCAGCGCUCCUGGGCCUGGCCAUCGAGCCCGUGGCGUCCCUCGUGGACACGGCCUUCGUCGGCCGCCGCUGCGGCGAGGCGCCCCUGGCGGGCGUCGGCGUCGCCGUGAGCAUUUUUAACAUCCUCGCCAAGUCGAUGAACUUUUUGCAGAGCGCGACGUGUUCGUUCGUCGCGCGGUCGCGGUCGCAAGACGCGGCGCCCGGCACCUUCUGCGACCGGUCCGCGGCGCUCGCGGCGGCGUCGAUCUCAGCGUCGAUCUACGUCGCCGUCGGCGCCGGCGCCGCGCUGGCGCUCGCGCUCCGCUGCUUCGGCGACCGCGCGGUCGGAACGCUCCUCGGCGUUAGCGGCGACGCGGCGGUCCGAGCCCACGCGUCGGCCUACCUCAGCUAUCGCUGCUGGUCCCUGCCGCCGGCGCUGGCGCUCAUGGCCUUGCAGGGCGCGUUCCGGGGCGCGCGCGACGCGUCGACGCCCGUCGCGGCGCUGCUCGCGUCGUCCGCCGCGAACGUCGCGCUCGACGCCUUGCUCGUGCGGGGCGUCGACGGCGCCGCGGGCGCCGCCGUCGCGACGGCCGCGGCCCAGUACCUCGGCGCCGGCGUGCUCCUCGCCUCCUUCGCGAAGCGCGCGGGCGGGCUGCCGCGGCCGCCGGCCGCCGCGUGCCGCGCGGUCGCUCGGUCGGGCGGCGUCCUCGUCGUCCGGACGCUGGCGACGGUCGUCUGCAUGCAGUACGCCGCCGUCGUCGCCGCGAAGCUCGGGCCCGUGCCCGGCGCGGCGCACGCCAUCUGCUUCCAGGUCUGGCUUUCGGCCAGCCUGCUCUCCGACGCCGUCGCCGCGGCGUUCCAGGCGCUCCUCGCCGAAGCGCUCGCGAACCGGCGGCCGGCGGACGCGCGGCGCGUCGCGGGCACGGCCCUUGCGCUCUGGGCGCUGGUCGCCGCCGGCAACUUUGCGUGCCUGCGCGUUUUCGGGCCGGCGAUCGUCCGCUUCUUCACGAGGGACCCGGCGACCGUCGCGGCGGCGGCGGCGAUCUGGCCCGCGGUCGCGCGGUCCCAGGCGCUCACGUGCCUGUCGUUCGUCGUGGACGGCGCGCUCUUCGCCGCCGAGGACUACAAGUUCACGGCGCUGGCCAUGCUCGGCGGCGCGGGCGCGGCGGGGUGGACCAUGGUCGCGCUCGCGCCGACGCGCGGGCUCCCGGGCAUCUGGCUCGGGCUCGAGGUCCUCAUGACGCUGCGGAGCGCCACGGGCCUCGCGCGCCUCGCGUCGCGGACGGGGCCCUGGCGCGACGCGUGG